CACAGAUUAGAAAAAGAAAUUUGUUUACAAAAUAAUUUAAUUAAGAAGUUUUUAAAUAUAACGAUGAAUGAAUACGUGUCGAAAAAUAUUUCCACAUUAUUUUCAUUUGAUACAGAAUAUAGUGCAGAUUCUGUAGAAUGGUGUCCUCAUGAACCUAAUCAAAAUGUCUUUGUAUGUGGAAAUUAUUAUUUAUUGGAUUGUGAUGAAGCUGGUCAGAAGAAACGAUUGGGAACAAUUAUGCUGUUUUCUGUCACACAAAAUAAUACUUUAAAAAUGCAUCAGAUUUUAAAUACUGCAGCUGUUUUAGAUCAAAAAUGGUGUCAUAAUAAAAUAAAUAAUUAUGCAUUAUUAGGAGUUGCAAAUUCUUCAAAAAGGGUUGAGGUAUAUAGAUUAAACAGUGAAAAGAUGCAAAUUGAUUUGAUAUCGUCUAUAGAAAUUCAGAAUUGUGAAAGUGAAACGUUAAUUUUAUCCUUAGAUUGGUCUACUGCUAUUUAUGGGUCAAAUGAACCUGAAAUUGUCUGCAGUGAUUCAAAGGGCAGAAUUCAUUUGAUGAAAUUAAUCGAUAAUAAUAUAAUUUUAUUAAAUACUUGGCAGGGUCAUGAUUUUGAGGCUUGGAUAUCUGCAUUUUAUUACUGGGACACAAAUAUAUUUUUCAGUGGUGGAGAUGAUGGAUUGUUUCUAAAAUUUGAUAAAAGAAUAGAAAAUCAAGCCAUAGCCAAAAUUAAGUGUCACGGUGCUGGCGUCACUUCACUUCAUUCUAGCUGUUUCAAAGAAAAUAUUUUGGCAUCUGGAAGUUAUGAUGAAUACAUAAGAUUGUGGGACAUAAGAAAAAUGAAAAACGAAAUAAGUUCUAUUAAAAUGCCUGGUACAUUAUGGAGAGUAAAGUGGAAUCCAAUAAAUCAAAAUUAUUUACUAGCUGCUUGUAUGUUGGGUGGUAUACACAUUGUGAAACUGGGAAAUGUUUACAAUAUGACUAUUACUGGAAGCUACCAUGAGCACAAAAAUAUUUCCUACGGUGCAGAUUGGUCAUAUUUAAAAGGUGAUUCAUGUAAUAAAAUUGCUUCAGAUGCCACUGCGAUUUUGGGUACAUGUUCUUUUUAUGAUCAUUUACUGUGCGUUUCAAAAUAUACUUCCGUACUGUAAUUUUAUUACAAUCAUUAUCAAUAAAUAAAAUAUUACAGAAAUGUCUUUUUUCCUCAAAUACCGUAUAAGUGAUGACUUAUGCGUGACGUUACUCAAUAAU